CCUCAUAAUGCUGCAGGUCUGUGUCAGGCAGCAAGAGGAAAAGGUUGCCUAGCGAAGGCUGGCUGCAGGGCAGGCCUUUAUUCCGUCACCGCCGGAGCGCCACCUGUUGCCUGCGGAGCUAUCCUUGCUCAGUCCGCUGGUCCGGAAGAGGAGGGACCAGACUCCUGAGCCAUCACCCUCGUGGCUGACAGUCUGCGACGCACACAUGGGGUCGUCUGCGUCCAAGGCUGCCCACAGGGCGACCACCGAUGAGCCCACAGAACCCGAGGCGAAACACCUGGCGGACCUAAUACAGUACAUAAAUGGAACAAAUAUGAGUGUUGAACAUCUGGCUGAUAUUCUUUCUGAGAAAACCGGGAGCAGCAGCUGGGUGGUAGUGUUCAAAGCCCUGGUUACUGUACAUCACCUUAUGGUGCAUGGAAAUGAGCGUUUUAUCCAACAUCUUGCAUCUAGAAACUCUUUGUUCACUUUACACAACUUCCUGGAUAAAAGUGUCAUGGAAGGCUAUGCUAUGUCAACCUUCAUCAGACGAUAUAGCAGGUACUUGAAUGAGAAGUCACUCGCAUAUAGACUGAUCGCAUCUGACAUCACCAAAACCAAGAGAGGGAUGGAUGGUAUGAUGAGAACUAUGGAUACAAAACAGCUGCUAAACACUCUUCCAGUUAUUCAAACUCAGUUUGAUGCUCUUCUUAAUUUUAACGCAAAUCCUGAUGAACUAACGAAUGGUAUAAUACAUGCUGCUUUCAUGCUCCUCUUUAAGGAUUCUCUUCGCCUCUUUGCAGCCUAUAAUGAGGGGAUCCUUAAUUUGCUAGACAAAUAUUUUGAUAUGAGGAAAAACGAAUGCAAGGAAAGUUUGGAUAUUUACAUCAAGUUCCUCGAAAGAACACCCAAACUGGUACAGUUCCUGAAAGUUGCAGAGCAAGUUGGAAUUGACCAGAACAACAUUCCGUAUCUUACACAGGCACCCCACAGUUUACUUGAAGCACUAAAACAGCAUUUAGCUUCUUUGGAAGAGAACAAUGACAGUUUGCUUCCUUACAGUCUCCAGCAUGCAUUGAUCCCCUCUAUCCCAAAUAAUCCAGUUAUGAAAGCUUCAGCAAGCAGAGCUUGGUUUGCAGCCCACAAACCUGUUGGAGCCAGACAGCAAUGUGGAAAAACCAUAGCGAACAAUCUGGAUGGCUCACUUGCUAGCCUUGUAGGAAAUCUUAACCUUGGAGAAAGCCCAGUCAACAAAUUUGUCAUUCUCCAAAAUGGGCUGAUUUAUAAAUCCCAUCUUAGAUCUGACAUGAAGUGGCCUCAGCCUUCAGAGAUGGAAAUUCCUGGUGGAAUGAAGUGGCAGUUGAAUACCUACACCUGCACAUCAACGCUCUGGAAACAUAUUUCUAUUCCUCCUGUUCCCCACAUGGUAUUGCCUCCAGUGGGCUAUCCAGUGACUUCACAGCAAGUGCCUAUGUAUAGAACGGUUCAAACUCCAAUGGGAGCUCCUUCCCUGAUGGCACCUCAACCUAUGAUUCAUACGCAACCAGGCUUAAGCACCAGCAACUCUUGCUCCAUCCACAAGAAAAAACACACAAUCCAUGUAGAAGUACCAAAGGAAAAAGAUUCAGAUUCAGAGGUGAACAAAGGUGAUGAUCUCUCUACAGCCUGAACUGAAUCAUCCACAGCUUCCAAGUAAAAUAAACAUUCAUUUGAACAUUCA